GACGGGCAUGGUCCUGCCUUGAAUUCCGGGAGGUACUUAGAUUGCCUAUGUCAGCCUGAUGAUGAUCUGAAGGAGCCUCAUCUCACCAAGCUGUCAUAAGUGGUGAGCUGUGAGCUCUCCUGGUCAAGCAGUCCUGCUCAGUGUCCGGCGUCCCCUGUGCCACCUUCCCUGCCCCUCUGUGUGGCGUUUCCCCGGCCACCGUCAUCAUGCAGCUGCCAGCCGCUGGCGUCCCGGCUGUCCAGCUGGAGCGGAGUGCUGCUGACCUGGAGGACGAGGCAGCCCGGUUCCGGCUGCAGGGCCGCGACUUCUCGCGCCAGUACUGCCAUGUGUACGGCGCGCGGCUGGCUGCGCUCCGGCACCGGCUUCAGCAGGCGGCCGCGCGCGACUGGGAGGGGGUGCCGGUGAAGGGUAUAUCCCAGCUGGAGGAGGUUCAGGGUGACUGUGUACUCCUCGGCACAGUCUUCAAGCAACAGCAGCUGAAGCCUUCGAUCUUGAAGGAGAUCAGUGAUGAGCACAACCUGAUGCCUCAGCCGCCGCGCGAUCGGUUCAUCGCCGACUCGGAUGAGCUGGUGCUGGAGGACGACCUGGCGCGCGUGCGGCUGGAAGGCGACAUUGACCCCCAGCAGUAUGUCACUGGGAUCAUCUGCGCUGUGCUGGGCCGGGAGGAGGUGGGCGGCAAGUUCCGCGUGCGCCAGAUCCGCUUCCCGGACCUGCCGCUGCAGCAGCCGGAGCGGCCGCUGCCCACCGAGGACAAAUGGCUUCUGCUGGUCUCGGGGCUCGGUCUGCAGGCCGGCGGCGACAUGUUCCUGUCGCAGCUGCUGGUUGACCUUGUGACCGGUCAGCUGGGGUCAGAGGAACAGCAGCGGGACAUGGCCGCCGUGGUCCGCGUCAUCGUCGCCGGAAACUCGCUCAGCGCCAGCAGCCAGGACAAGGACUUCCUCAAGCGGGCCGCGUACCUGGGCUCGGACGUGGCCGAGCAGUCCGCGCAAGCCGUGCGCUCGCUGGACGACCUGCUGCAGCAGCUGGCCGCCUCCUGCCCGGUGGACCUGAUGCCGGGCGAGUUUGACCCGACCAACCACCUGCUGCCGCAGCAGGCGCUCCACCGCUGCCUGCUGCCCAAGGCGGCGGCGUACCGGACGUUCCGCGGCGUCACCAACCCGUACCAGGCGGUGGUGGCAGGCCGACGGCUGACGGGAUCCGCCGGCCAGAACGUGCACGACCUCUACCGGUACAGCGCCCUGGACGACCCGCUGACCUCUCUGGAGCGCCUGCUGGCCUGGAGUCACCUCUGCCCGACGGCGCCCGACACGCUCAGCUGCUACCCGUACUACGACCGGGACCCGUUCAUCAUCGAGGAGUGCCCAGACCUGCUGUUCGCCGGAAAUCAGAAGAGUUUCGCCACCAAGCUCCACGAAGGUCCGCGCGGCCAGCGGGUGCGUCUGCUGUGCCUGCCCGAGUUCCACCGGACGGCCACGUGCGCGCUGGUGAGCCUGCGCUCGCUGGAGGUCAGGAAGCUGGAGCUGGGCGCCGCCGUGUCGUCGAUCGACAGCGCCAGCCCGCAGCCGGACAAGUGACGGGGUCUGCCGGCCGCCGCUGGGCGCCGAAGCUGACGGCCGUGCGGCAGCGGCUGUUGGACGCCACGCGCCGAUGGCUUGGACGCCACGCCCCGACGCGCAACGGCGGUUUGAAGUGGAUGGCGGGUAAAGGCACGGCGGCCGGGUUUUUUGCGGCUGAUUGCGCCCCCUCUCGUUCCCCCCAACUCCUUCUGAACUCCUCGCAACCGAAAGGAUGAGAGUUGUUCAGUAGCGCACUAGGAGUGAAGUCAGCCGUGAUUUGUUUGCGGACUCCGGAGCGCUUCGUUGGGAGGAUGGCCGCGGCCCGGCACCUGGCUUUGAUCCCAGCCAAGCGGCCUGCGGCGCCGCCCGACCAUUAUCCUGGUGAUGAUGAGGGUGGUGCCAAACGACGCCUUUGGCCGUGCAGCCCCGUGCCGUGUGUGCUCUGCGCGCCACGUGCGGUCAUCUUGGCCAGAACCGCGUGAGUCGCGCAGUAUGCGUAAUCAUCACCGCGCGGCAAAAGGCUCCCUUGGAAUACGCUUCGCUUCGUGAUGCUGGAACGUUCUCUGAUAGCAGCGAGGCGGCAGCGAUGUCCGCGAAACGGCCCAAUGUGUCGAGCGCUUCCAGGAACUGCUCCCCUGUACACCUUGCGAUUUCAUCUACAUUCUGCAAUACAUGCCAG